AUGUUCGCAGAAGUGCCUGUAAACAACUCGCAAGUGCCCACAAACAAGACACGUCGAGUGCCCACAAACAGGACACGUCGAGUGCCCACAAACAGGACACGUCGAGUGCCCACAAACAGGACACGUCGAGUGCCCACAAACAGGACACGUCGAGUGCCCACAAACAGGACACGUCGAGUGCCCACAAACAGGACACGUCGAGUGCCCACAAACAGGACACGUCGAGUGCCCACAAACAAGGCACGUCGAGUGCCCACAAACAGGACACGUCGAGUGCCCACAAACAAGGCACGUCGAGUGCCCACAAACAAGACACGUCGAGUGCCCACAAACAAGGCACGUCGAGUGCCCACAAACAAGACACGUCGAGUGCCCACAAACAAGGCACGUCGAGUGCCCACAAACAAGGCACGUCGAGUGCCCACAAACAAGGCACGUCGAGUGCCCACAAACAAGGCACGUCGAGUGCCCACAAACAAGGCACGUCGAGUGCCCACAAACAAGGCACGUCGAGUGCCCACAAACAGGACACGUCGAGUGCCCACAAACAGGACACGUCGAGUGCCCACAAACAAGGCACGUCGAGUGCCCACAAACAAGGCACGUCGAGUGCCCACAAACAAGGCACGUCGAGUGCCCACAAACAAGGCACGUCGAGUGCCCACAAACAAGGCACGUCGAGUGCCCACAAACAAGACACGUCGAGUGCCCACAAACAAGGCACGUCGAGUGCCCACAAACAAGACACGUCGAGUGCCCACAAACAAGACACGUCGAGUGCCCACAAACAAGGCACGUCGAGUGCCCACAAACAAGGCACGUCGAGUGCCCACAAACAAGGCACGUCGAGUGCCCACAAACAAGGCACGAAGAGGGCCCACAAACAAGGCACGAAGAGGGCCCACAAACAAGGCACGAAGAGUGCCCACAAACAAGGCACGAAGAGUGCCCACAAACAAGGCACGUCGAGUGCCCACAAACAAGGCACGUCGAGUGCCCACAAACAAGGCACGUCGAGUGCCCACAAACAAGGCACGUCGAGUGCCCACAAACAAGACACGUCGAGUGCCCACAAACAAGGCACGUCGAGUGCCCACAAACAAGGCACGUCGAGUGCCCACAAACAGGACACGUCGAGUGCCCACAAACAAGACACGUCGAGUGCCCACAAACAAGACACGUCGAGUGCCCACAAACAAGACACGUCGAGUGCCCACAAACAAGACACGUCGAGUGCCCACAAACAAGACACGUCGAGUGCCCACAAACAAGACACGUCGAGUGCCCACAAACAAGACACGUCGAGUGCCCACAAACAAGAGAGAAUGCUCGGGUAGCCAUGGAAGGCACCUCCCCGGAAACCCCACAUACCCAAAACGAAGCUCAGCCAAUCACUCGUCCUAA